UCAUGUGGGUAUCGAGACAGCCAGCUGAUCACCACCACUGCUACGUCUUCCUGCACCGACCCCUCGCAGCACCUUGAUUUUCCGUCGUUUCAACUCAUUUUCGUCGUUGUCGUCAUUAUCAUCAUUAUCAUUGUCAUUGUCAUUGUCAUCAAGCCUCCUCUUGACCCCGCCUUGUUGACGGUCCUCGUCUUCCCCUUCUCGUCGCCGAUCCUUGCUGGACUUUUCUGUUGUUCUUGGCAUGCUCGCGAACAUGCGCUGCAGGAGUCGAUCGCGGAGAGAUUGGUGUGGUGUCGUGCUUAUCUCGUGCCGAACCACUUGGAAUAUGCUGCCGCUGCCGCUGCUGUUGGCGACGCCGUCGCGGCCGACAGACAUGGACGCAUUAAGGCUAGGCUAUGCGAGCUUGUCGAGAAGCGAUGUGGGAAUGUCGGCCACGUAGAGCUGCAUCGUGUCUUCGUCCUCUGUGUCGCUGACAAUCAACCGAGCCUGCCGAACCGAAAAGUCUCAUUACGCGCUGCUGAGUCUGAUCUCGAGGUGUACAUGUCCUCCCAUUCCUUCUGGGCCUGAGCCAGGGCAAGCAGCACCGCAACGAUGUAUGGGUCGCAGAGAGGGUCGGCGGGGGUAAUUCGGCGAAGUUGGGUCUGGUAGAGUGUAGUGACCGGCAGGUUAUUCCUCCCGUGUCGCCGCCGAGGCUCGGGGAAGACUGCUUUGCGAAGCUUGGUGAUGUGCGGGCCCCGGUCGAGCCAGGCAGCCGUCGGAAAGAGUGGGAAAUUGGGAUUGGGACUGGAGGAUUGAUGUUGCGGUGAUAGUUGACGAGCACCUGCCAAAGAGGAGACAUGGAACCGACGUCUUCCAGGCUCUCAAAGGUCAUAGCAUGAGUGUUUUCUG